AUGAAAGGCGCUUUGGGUUUGUCAGUAUCAUUCAAACUGAAAGAGUGCCUGCGGCGUUCAUCGGACAGUAUUGAUAAAAGGUUCUGUUUCGAUCUUAUUGCUGAUGAACGACCCGAUGUGAUGACAUUCCAAGCUCUUUCCGAAGAAGAUCGUCGACAGUGGAUUGACGCUAUGGAUGGGAAACAAACAGUUUAUUCCCCUGGAGCUGGACCAUCGACUACCACCCUUCAGAGUCAGUUCUUUUACAUUUUUUCUUUUACAAUUACUUUUGCUUUCAAUGCAUGUACUAGCAACGGCUGA